AUGGUAGAGUUCAGAAGGAGGGAUUUUUACUAUGUGUGGAAUCAGUACCAGCUGCUCGACUGGAUCGUCUUAGCCAUUAUGUUCCUGAGCGCCGCCAUCACGACAAGGCAUAUGAAUCCACACUGUCGAACCUUUUCGUGGAAUGACGCCACCAUCGCGUACCCGAGCCGUGAAGACACGUUCCCUAGUUACUCGCUGGCUCUCAUGAUAGUACUUGCCGUCGUGUUUUACGUCAUCUUUAUCCGCUACCUCGUACGGCCGCUGCAAGGGUUGUUCGGUGAGCCGCUGGGCUGGUAUAACAUCGGCGGCGCCGACGUCGGUGAAGGCGACGAGUGUAACGUGUACACAGACAUGGACUCUGUAGCGAGCCCGAAGCAACUGCGUGUCCGUGACUUGCAGACGGGCAGUGGUCUCGUUUACCCGUGGUUGCGUGCACAUCUCUGGUCCGUCGGGCUGCAGUUCUGCGUGACGGCGGUGCUUAAAGUCUACGCCGGGCGGCUUCGACCAGACUAUCUGAGUCGACUCAAAGAGGCUGGAUACACGAGCUCGAUGGCGCACCUGCCCGACCCACAGACGAACCCUGAAUACUACUGCGCUCUCAUGGAUACCCACCCGAAACUGAAGGAUGGCCGGCUCUCUUUUCCAUCCGGGCAUAGCAGCACGUCUUUUGCGGUGUUCACAAUCGUCUCUCUCUUCUUCGUGGCACAUCUGCGACCAUUCGCGCGGCACGCCAGCUUUACCCGCCUCAUUCUUUCAUUGUUACCGAUCAGCGUGCCGGUCACGUGUGCAGUGAGCCGCACACGCGACAACAAACAUCAUUUUUCUGACGCCGUCACCGGGUCGCUGAUUGGGAUCACCUCCGCCUUCCUCUCGUUCUACUGUAGCUUCCGGCAGGUAGGUGGAGCGGCAGACAUCUAUUUUUGUCGCGCAGCGUCAGACGUCGAGUACGAUCAGUUGCGCGAGUGGAAAGGAGCUGACAGCAAUGAUGGCAGCAGUGUUGCCAUGGAGACCACAAGCGUUGGCGCCGCCAGUGGUAGCCACCAGUUGACUAGCAAGAGGGAAGACGUCACGCGUCGAAAGUCUGCACCGCUGGCAGCGAGGACGAGCGACGCUGUCGUGACCUUCAGUGGCCCGAUGCAGCGCCUGACAGGGUUGACGGAGCGGCAGUUGAACGAAGACCCAGCUGCCGUUCCGUGGAUCUGA